UCUGUUACGUUGCAAUGCAAUGGCAUGUUUUCUUACCCUCAGAUGAGAAACCCAGAGUCACACUGACGCAAGAUCCAAAGUACAGUGUGAUGUUCCCUGGAGAGUCAGUCGCCUUUAGCUGUCAUGUUAAUGUCUCUUUUGGAUGGAAGUACAUGUGGUACAAAGACGGCGGUCAAUCUAUCGCGUCUGGAAACAACUAUUCCCUCAACUCUGUUGAAACAACAAAUAGGGGCUCAUAUGCAUGCCGAGCAGAAAGAGGCAGUGAUCCAUCCUUCCUCACUGACUCCAGUCAAGCUAUACGCCUUGAAGUUGAAGGAAACAAGCCUAAGCCCUUAUUGACUCAACGGCCAGAUGUUGAAAAGGUGUACACUGGAGAGUUAGUGUCCUUCCAAUGUAAAGUUGAACUCUCGUCUGGUUGGAGGUAUCACUGGUACAAAGAUGGAACACAACUUCCAAUCAACAGCAGUAGUUUUGAAAUCCAUGACGCCAAUUUAUCAAAUGGUGGAACUUAUGAGUGUAAGGCCAUAAGAGACAAAACAAUGUACAAUACAGAGCACAGCUAUGGACGGCUCUUACAUGUAUCUGAAAUUCCUGUUCCAUCUUUAAAGUUAAUCACACCGUGGUUGGAUGUGAUCCCCACUGAGAGUGUGAAAUUUAGCUGUGGGAUGGACGGCACCGCUGACUGGAAAUAUAGGUGGUUCAAAGAUAAACAGCCUGUCCAGGCAGAUAGUACUGCAUCCUUUGGUUUAGAUGCAGCUACUCUCUCCAUCAGUUCUGCUUCAGCUAAACAUGUAGGACAAUAUAACUGCAAGGGACACCUGAACGACAGGUCUGUCGGAAGCAACUUUAGUUCUGGACUUACUCUCAAUGUAUAUGGUGAGUUUUCUUUUUUACAUUUUACAUAAAAAUACUUAUUUUGGCAGCGAAUUUAAAAUAAAAUGAGUUUUCUUCAUUUUAGUUACACAUUUUCGGGGAUGAGGGCAGGGGAUAAAUAUCUGUUACGUUGC